AAAAAAGGGGCUUUGUGUGGUCUUGUGUGGAUUCUGUUUCGGAGGUGAAAAGAAGCUUGGAUUUGUGAAAGAAAGUUCAGCUUUUUCAGUGCCCAGAUAAGUUCGUUCACUGUUGUAAUUUCCUGUUCUGUUUUGUUGCUGAGAAUUGCAUGUUUGUAGCUUGAUAAUGUGCCGAAAAUAUAAUCUGUUACUGCUGCGUGAAAGAAAGUUCAGUUUUUUCAGUGCCCAGAUAUGUUCGUUCACUGCUGUGAUUUCCUGCUCAGCUGCUCCAUUUUGUUGCUGAAAACUGCAUGCUUGUAGCUUGAUAAUGUGCUGAAAAUCUGAUCUGUUACUGCUGCGUUUUGUCCUGUCCAAAGACUGUUCUCAAGUGAUAUUUGGGUGUCGUUUGAAUUCUUAUUCCCCCCAACAUAUUGCACAUCGCUCGUUGAUUUCCUCCAAUAAUCACAGUAAAAUGGCAACAGUGGAAACGAAGAGUCACUCGAAUGACAACGAGGAGGCUCGUCAAAGGCUUGACAGUAGUAAUUCUGCCCCUCCGGAAACGAGUACACACUCAUCAAAGGACGAUGAAGUGAGUGAGUCUGGCACUGUCGAUACGUCGGGUAUUGAAUGGCUUCGAAGAUUUACUGCCCCGCUGAGAAUGACACGCAACAAGGGCGGCAGCGUGGAGCUCCCAGCUAAAAGGCCCGACAGGAAAAAGGCUGUCGAAGCACUUGCCGGCAAUUUCCUUGUAGGUUUUUCUAAUACCUUUGGUCUGCCUUCUGCUUCCAUUUACAAGGUGCCCAAAGAGCUUAGUAAGCUCAAAGAAGGUGCCUACACCCCUCGACUCAUCCCUAUCGGCCCCCUUCACAUCAACGAGGAACACCUGCAAUCACGGGUGAUAGGUGAUGUCAAAGCCAAGUAUGCCCAUUACCUCUUACAUAGAAGCUCCUGUGUUGCUGAAAUACCGGACAAUGCUUUUGCGCGACGAGACUUUCGCUUAAAGAUCUUGGAUGAAUGUUAUGAAGAAAUAGAAAACUUGGAAGAGCGAUCCCACAAAUGCUACGCGGAGUACGUUGUCGAAGAGCUCACACCAGAAAGGAUGUUGGUCGACGGAUUUUUCAUCCUUGAACUUCUCUUCAGGUACUAUCUUCAUAAGUAUCCAGAAGAGCAUGAUGGAACAGGGGAGUUCGACACUGAAGAUAGCAAGGAUGAUCCUUAUAUCGUCAACAUGCAGACUCACGCCACCGUCCAACACGACUUGCUAUGCCUAGGGAACCAGCUUCCCUACUUCGUGCUCCAGAAAUUGUUUGAACUCACUGUGGACAAGUUUCAGAAACAGAGCCAUAAACGGUCUCUCUCGGAGUAUGUCCUUUUGUACCUGGGUCAAAAGAUGAGUCCAAAACCUGAUAAAAACACAAAAACAAACACUAGUACUAGUAGGGCGACCAAUUGUUGUUUGCCCGGCGUUGAAGAGUGUGUCCUUUCAAUUUGCGGCGACACAACAGAAGAAGGCGACCCUAGAGCGACAAAGAAGCGAGAGGGAGAGCAUAAACAUAUUCUCCAUGUUGUACAUGAUAAUUACCUUAGUUUCGAUGAACCGAAAGAAAGAGGUAGCGGGCUACCAAUCAUGCUUUGUGAAUCAGAGCUUGAUUUUGCAGGAGUCAAGUUUGUAGCCCAAACUGGUGAAGACCUAUCCAAGGUCGAGUUCGGAAAGAAACCACGCACUUGCGGGUGGUUUCGUAGAGCUGAGUUUGAAAUCCCAAAGCUGACCGUAGACGAUGCCACUGAGCCAUUCCUUAGAAAUCUCAUUGCUUUCGAACAGUGUUGUCCCGUUGUUCCGAAUAAUGUCACAUCCUUUGCAUUCCUUAUGGGAUUUCUCGUUAACACUGAGAAAGAUGUCCAAGUGCUCACAAAAGCUGAAAUCAUCCAUAAUCUUUUGGGCACCGACCAAGAUGCCGCAGAUCUUUUCAACAACCUCUGCAAGGAAGUUGUACCGGGGGAAUUCCUAUUCGCUCAAACAUGCAGGGAAGCCGUCGAGUACAGCAAGCUUUGUUGGCCGACGAAUAUUGCACAUGUGAGACGCACGUAUUUUGCAUCUCCAUGGACAUUCAUUGCUUUCUGUGUUGGUUUUAUUGCUUUUGGAAUCGGUGUUACACAAUUCAUCCUCAGUUUCCUCUGACGCAUUGUGUGGGAAGUCUUAUGUAAUGUGCAUAUGAAAUGUGUGAUUUUUGUGUUAGAUCUAAAUAUGUGGUUGUACUUCUUAAUUUUGCGCGAAAGUACAAUUCUCUCUAAUUUCCAUCAAUAUGUUGUAUCUUAAAAGUUUGAUCAAAGUA